AUGCCUAACGACAUGGCCAUUUCCGUGACUAGCAACGAGGUGAAAGCAAGCCCGGUGGGUGGUGAGGCUCUGGAAGCCCAGCAGGCUGCCGGCACACUCUCCGUCGUCGUUGCAGUUGUGGGAUCCUACCCAUCUUCUCACGCUGCGCAAUCGAGUACGUCUACCGUCGGUGCAGGCCGCAAUUCCAUGUUCCUUGCCCUCCUCGAGCCAGGCUCCGAUGCCUCCUUGGCCAUUUUCCCUGACCACCUGGCUCAAGACAGACUCCUGACCCAGCAGAUCGAAGACCACCACUUGUAUUCGCACCACAACUUCCAGUGCGAGCGGUACAAGCGUGAGAACUCGACAACCAAGCACCUCUUCUCAGAGCCGCCUAGAGAGCUGCUCUACUGCCAGGUCAAGGAGUGCACGCACGUGCCCACCCCCUCUGCCUUCCCCAACCUCAACUGGACGUUCGAGUCGGGCAUCACCUCCUUCGACCGGGCCCAAGCGCUCGGCCGCCGCCCGGCUGCAUUGCACCACCAGCAGGCCCAGAUCGCGCCCCACAUCACGCCCACGCCCGCCUGUGACCACGCCCUGCGCGCGCUGAGCGACAUGGUCCAGGCGGCGGUUUCGGCAGGCCUCAAGGACGUGGCCGUGUGCAUCUCGGUCAUGGGCCCGGAGGCGGGCUCUGGCAGGGCUGCUGUGCCAGCUGCUGAUGCGGACAAGAUCCGCGUGCUCAGGGCGCUGGUCAGGCAGGUCUCGGGACAGCUGAUGGCUUGGCAUUGGCCGUUCUGGAUUCGCCGGGCGGAGCGGGCUCUGGGUGCUACGAGGCAGCUUGUUGUCUAUGAUGAUGGGGAGGGGGCCAAGGGUUUUGCGAUUGCUGAUGAGUGA